AUGGACCAUGCAACCAAAUUAAAUCUAAUUUGUAGAAUAUGCAGAGAAGAUAUAAUAAAAGAUCCAGUUGAUAUAAAUAAAUAUUCUGAAAGAAUCGAAAAUUCCUAUUAUAUAAACACCAGCAUUGAUAAUAAGAAAAUUCACCCACAAAAUAUGUGUAAUAGAUGCUAUACCAAUUUAAGGAACAUUAAAAAAGGUUCAAGUUCUAGUAUUAAACCAGUUGAUUGGCCUUUACCAUGUGCAGGCAAUUGUUCUUGUUUCCCCAAAGUUGUUGGAAGAAAAGUUAAAAAAUGUAAACCUGGUCGACCAUGUGUCAUGGAACAAAUUCAGAAGAGAUGGACUAGGCCGAUCAUAAAUAACUUAAUUAGUACUAUACCAAAACCAACAUUGCGUUUAAAUGUAAUCGAUAUUGAUCCUGUAUCAAAUCCCCAUUUAAACUUGUGCAUAUGCAAGUUAUGCAACAAUAUUAUGUAUAAGCCACUAAUAUCAAAAGAGUGUCAACACUCAUUUUGCUCAGUGUGUUUAUUCAAAGAGAUUGAAGGAAAGUUGGAAACAGAAGCUAAAUGCUUUAUUUGUGGACAAACUAUUUCUUCAAAUUCAGUUUUGAAUUCUGUUAAUUUAACACAAAUGAUAGAGCACAUUCUUUUAGGUUGA